AGGUGGAGGUGAUCCGGUGGCUGUUGACGCACGACCAUCACUCCAGACCCUCCGCCAAGGAUCUGCUCCAGUCCCGCCUCCUGCCACUCAAGAUGGAGGGCGAACAGUUGGAGGAAGUCCUCUCAAGAUCCAUGCAGUCCACCAACUCCACUCGCUACCAACCUCUGAUUGACAAGCUGUUCUCGGAGAUGCUCCUCAACUGAGGCCUUGGUGUGUGCCCUUCGACCAGGAGCCUGCAGACACAACGCGUAGACAGCAUGCGGGCGCCAAGAGAAACAUGGCUCGCGCGUGCGCUCUCGCCUGCAACAAAUGGUGGUCGCCAACGUGCAGCCGAUCUUGACCGACAUGUGUUGCAGUGGCGUCGCGUGUGGAGCCUCCACUGCUCUGUCCCCAGUUCCAGGCCACUCUACUCCAGUCCCAGGGCCCAUACCAUCAGUUCAUAGAACGGAAUGGGCCGUGGUGACCCUCCCCAGUGACAUUGUCUCCCACUGGCCCACUAUCGGCAUGCCCCAGCAAGACCUCACCUACUUAACAAGGUAUCCAGCAUUCCAGUGUACCAUGAGAGCAAGGUGCUGGGGCACACUCCAUCGUGAGCAGUUUGAGGCUCAGUUUGACGACUUGUCACUCUCUUCUCCGUCUCCUCCACACGCUUCUGACACAUCACUGCUCCUCUAUCUCACUCAAGAGUCAAUACCAAUUCAACGUCAAGGAGGAAAGAGCAAGAAAGACACUAAGCUCCCAUUGCGCCAACCAAAGAGAACACCAAAACAUAAGAACGACGCAAGUUCAAAAACAAGAACACAAAAAGACCAACCACCUAGUGCGCCAGACGAUGCUAGUCAGAGUCAAAGAGGUGACUCGUGGCAGGAGAAUCCUGGUCGGAAGUUCCAUGUUCCACGCUCCCAGCACUGGCAGUUUGCUGUUCUGGUGAACCACAUGAAGCUGCUGGAGGCCAUUCUACAGCACUGCUCCAUACCCAGAGAGAGAUAUAGUGACACUGCAGCCCUCCUCCAUAGGACUGCUAUGGGUGCUCUGAAGGUGAGUGAGCUGGAGAAGAAGCUAGUUGACAGUGGCCUCACUCUCUCCCCUCUUGCUCUAGUCAGCCUGGACCAGCUGACAGCAGACGCAACUAAUCUUGUGCCUCCAGUCCAGAAGACUCUGAACUGCUCCAAACACCCAACCAAAGAGCUAGAAAUCUACUGUGAGACUUGUAAAGAAGUAAUCUGUCGAGACUGCAUCCUGAAGGUCCAUCGCGACCACCAGUACGAUCUGGCAACCGACGUAUUCCCACAACAGAAGAAGGUGCUGGUUUCCUCAGUUGAGCCAGUAGAGCAGCAGCUAGCCUCAGUCAACAAGGCUCUGGAGGACCUCAAGUCUCUGUCUGGGGAAAUCACCAGCCAACGCCAGGCCUUGGAGACACAGAUCAGGGCAGAGAUUCGCCUCGGCCACCAAGCUCUCGAGGCAAGAGAAGAAGUCCUCGUCUCACAGCUGGACCAGAUGACUCGGGAGAAGCUGAAGAAUGUAGCUGCCCAGCAAUACCAGUUGGAACUGGUUGCCACUCGGUUGAAGAGCUGCUAUGGGUUCUUGCAGGAGAGCCUGAGAACUGGCAGUCAGGUAGAAAUCCUAGCCAUGGCCAAGCCUUUUGUGCAGCAGGUCCAAGACGUGACAUCUUCCUUCAAGCCAGAGUCCUUGGAACCAGAGGAACAAGCUGACUUGGAAUUCAACUGUAGUCAGAAUGAACUACUUCAGAUGUGCCAGCAAUACGGACAAGUCAUUGCCAAUCCUGUAGCCAAGUGUAGUGCUGAAGGUGAUGGACUCAAGUUAGCAGUGGUAGGAGAGAGAACCACAGCUACAGUGGAGGUGGUGGACCAGGAGGGGAGGAAGUACAGUCGUCCAGUGGAGGUGAGCUGUGAACUGGUGUCCAGUGAUGGGUCCAGGCGAGUGAGAGGAGAGGCAAAGAAAGUGAGAGACGGGGAGUACGAGAUCAGCUACCUCCCCCAGCACAGAGGACCACACUACCUCCACAUCAGAGUAGGAGACAAACACAUCUCAGGAAGUCCAUUCCCUCUCUCUGUCAUCACCACCACACCCACCAAUAUCAUCACUGGUGUCAAAGGUCCUUGGGGUUUAGCUCUCGACAAUAAGGGACAGUUAGUAGUAGUUGAAAUGAUCGGACACUGUGUAACAAUAUUCAGUGGCUCUGGAGAGAAAGUCAGAUCAUUUGGCAGCCAAGGGCUCUGGUCCAGGUCAGCUGAAUAG